UAAGUAAUCCUUUUUCAAUCUUUCUUCUGUCCCUUCACUUUCUCCAACCCCCACUUAAAGGCCGAAAGAGUGUAGCCAGCUUUCUUCUUGUUCUAGGUUAACUCUGACUUUUAGCAGAAGUGAAAAUGAAUCAAGAGACGAAUGGUGAUCGUGCGACGGAGAAUCAUCAUCAACAAGACACCAUUCAUGAGAAAAUAGACUAUGUGUUUAAGGUGGUGGUAAUCGGAGACUCGGCGGUGGGAAAAACUCAGAUACUGUCAAGGUUUACCAAAAACGAGUUUACAUUCGACUCUAAAUCAACAAUUGGCGUUGAGUUCCAAACCAGGACUGUCACCAUUAAUGGGAAGCUCAUCAAAGCUCAGAUCUGGGACACUGCUGGCCAGGAAAGAUACCGUGCUGUGACAAGUGCAUACUACCGAGGCGCACUAGGAGCUGUGCUGAUGUAUGAUAUAACAAAAAGGCAAUCGUUUGAUAAUGUUGCUCGGUGGGUGGAGGAACUCCGAGCCCAUGCUGAUAAUUCCAUCAGAAUUAUACUGAUCGGGAACAAGUCAGAUCUUGUGGACGCUCGUGCAGUGCCAACAGAAGAUGCAGUUGAGUUUGCAGAGGAUCAAGGGUUGUUUUUCUCAGAGACAUCUGCACUUAACGGUGACAAUGUUGAAGCUGCUUUUUUCAGACUGCUAGAAGAAAUUUAUAGCGUGGUUUCUAAGAAGGAAUUGGGAUGUGGCAACGUUAAAACUGAUGCAGCUUUGCUUAAGGGCUCCAAGAUUGAUGUUAUGUCAGGGCCUGAGUUAGAAAUUAGUGAGAUGAAGAAAUUAUCCACUUGUUCUUGUGGAUUUUAAUUUCAAAGCGCUGCAAUGGCAAUGCAUGCGUCAGCUUUACCAUAUAUUUUUCUUUUACGCUUGUCUUUUGAAUGUCUAGUGUCUUUCUUUAAGAUUGCUGAAAUUAUUUGUCACAUUUGUAUAAAUAUUUUUCAGUUUGGUACUGGAGUAGCUAAGUGGUCUUGGACAUUCUUGGCCCAAUUUUUUUUAGAAUGACCCAAUUCAGUUCAAAGUUCAUGUUGAAA